UGAUGGCGGGGUUAAAAAUUGCCCCUCCAAGCGGGUGCAUGUACCUAAGUACACCGAUCUAGAUCACUGAUAAGGUUAAUCGGAGUGGAGUAGCUUCGCAGGAACUGCUCUCGCGAAGCGAACCGAGGUGUAUUGUCCUGCCGUUGCAGACCAUGGCGACAACAGCCCAACCAAAUGGGAUACCUCCCAGCUCGUCAGGAUCACAGACGCAGCCAGCAUCGCAACCAACGCAAAACACCAUAACAAGCGGCAGCACAACAAUACCAAACACGCAGCAAACCACCACCACAACAGCAACAGGCGGGCCAGCACAAGCAGCCCCGUCCUCGCCAACGACGGCAACACAGGAGCCUCGCCCCCGCGACGCGCGCACAAUCGAGCUACUCCUGACCUCCCAAGGCGUGACGUCCUUCGACAACCGGGUGCCGCUCUUACUUCUCGACUUCGCCUACCGGCACACGUCCAGCAUCCUCAACGACGCCCUGCACCUAUCAGGCGAUCCGUACGCGACGCACGCGGGCGCCAAGCCCAGCGGUUCAAGCGGCGCCGUCCCGACGGCCCCACCAGGCAGCGACGCGACGGUGAGCACGAACGCGAUAAACAUCGCCAUCGCGAGCCGGCAGGCGUACCAGUUCCGCGGCGGAUCCGGCGGCGGCGGCGUAGGCGGGGGCGUGGGCGGAGGCGGCGCGAGCAAGGAGUGGCUCCAAGAGCUCGCGCGCGAGCGCAACAAGGUCGUGCUGCCGCGCAUACUGGCCUUCGAAUGGGGCGUGCGGUUGCCUAACGAGCGCUUCGUCCUCAGCGGGCAGAGCUGGGGCUUACGCGACCAAUGGGCUGUCGAGGGCGGGACGGAUAGCAGCGAGGACGAGGCUGACGAUGACGGGAACGGAUCAGACGCGAUGGAGGGCGUGGAAGAUCAGAACAGCAAGGAGAAAGAGGGCGAGGAAGAUGGUGGCGGUGGAUUAGAUGAGUUCCUUGGUGACGACAUGGCUGAUGAAGACAUGGAAGGCAUGGAGUAAUGCGCUCGCUACAUUAGAGGUCUAUUUAUUUGUUAAGGUGGGCGGACCAGGCGUUCGGGCGUUUGAGAGGACAAAAUUUACACGAUACCAUCCUUAGGACCGCUAAGUUCCGUCCUUGUACAUAGAUAGCUAUCACGUAAAGGAUCAAUCACUAUUAGAACUCACAGGCAUGGCGUGAAUUAUUUUCAACCGUCGUCGAGGCCACACGACAGACGUACAAUGGAGGCUAGGUUG